UUAUCAAAAACUUUGAUAGAACUUGGACCAACUAUACAAGAUGGGGGUUACUCGUGGAUUAUUUUGCUCGGUGUAUUCCUUAUUCAGAUGACCAUACCAAGUAUACUAUCUGUAUACGGUAUUGUACUUGGAUAUCUGACUGAAAAUAAGACUGCCGAUUUUGAGUUGUGGGAUCAGAAAAUCAUUUUGACACCUAUACUCUUCAUAGCAUUUUGGAAUUUAACAGAUCCAUGGUCUAAAAUGAUUGUGGAUUUGACUUCUGUUCCACGUGUAAUUGGAUUGAUAGGCAUAGCUCUUAUAUCAAUUGGCGUUUUAGCAUCUGGGUAUCUUGCUACCGGUGGAGUUGGUGCAUAUUUAGCCAGCUUGAGUGCUGGCGCUGUAAUGGGCAUAGGUGCAAGUUUCGUUAUGGUUCAAAGCCAAGAAUGUUUGUUAAAAUAUUUCCGGAUAAAAUUAUCAAUAGCACUUACUAUUAAAAAUAUUGCAUUAUCAUUAGGGUAUAUCAUAGUCCCAAAUCUAACUCAUUUAUUACUUAUGCGAGUUUCUUUGAAAAUUGCUCUUUUGCUCAUAACAGUUAUUUUUGUACCAACUAUUUUGGGUGUCAUUUUGUUACGGCAACCAAUGUCUCCAAAACCUUCGCAGUAUAAUUUACUCUUAACGAAUGAAGAUAACAAUGAUGUUUCUGUAAAAUAUAGUUCUAAUAUGGGAUUAGAAUCUAUAGAGAACAAUAAUGUAGAAAAUUUAUCUUCACAUGGAACAGAACAAAUGGAAGAUACGAACUCUUCAUUUGCAGGACAUAAUGAAAUUUAUACGUAUGAAGAUAGCGAAGAAGAUAUUUUUGUAAGAUCAGUUAAAUCAAGUAACAAAUGGAAAAAUCAUAUUCGAAUAUUUGUGUAUUUACGAUUUUGGAUGAGUAUACUUACAUGGGUUGGAAUCAAAUCUUUCACUUUAUUCUUUUGGAUACUGUUACCUUAUAUGUUUAUCACAAAAAUAUCUUCUUCGCACAAUUAUGUUACAAUAUCAAUUAUUGCGGGCUUUGGUAUUCUUCUACCAAAUUCUAUUACCUUCUGGAUUUUGGAAACUAUCCCACAAAAUAGACGAAUACUUUUUGGUAUAGCAUGUUGGCUUGGAUGUUCUAUUCUAGUGGUAUUAACAUAUACUCAAGAAUAUUAUGUAUUCAUGAUUAGUGCAUUGCUAGGAGGGAUAAGUAUCGGUCUACUAUCAGUUUGCCAAGAUUCAAUACUUUUGGAUAUUUUUGGACCUCGUUUCGUAGAUCAAUUUCAUAAAAUAUUCUCAACAAUAGUGGGAAUCUGUUUAUUAUCUCUUUGUUUCAUACAUAACGCUGUCCUUUGUUUUCGUUUAGUUGCAUUAUUUUUAUUUUUAAGUGGUUGUUACUGGAUAUGGUUGCCAAUUUUUAAUAUAUUAAAGCAUCGUUGCAUUGCAUGCUGUAAAGUUACCUAAUUUAUAUUUCAUUUGUAUUUGCAUAAAAUUGUUUUAUA